GCAAAGCUUAAAGUCGCUCGCUCGUCUCGUCCUCAGUCAGUCCUCUUCUUCCUACUCUCUUUCUCUCUCAUUUUCGUCGCAAAAUCCAAAAAUCCCAAACCCUUUCUUCUUCUUCUUCCUAUAUAUUAACUCUCUAUCCAUUCUCACCUUUAUACAACUUCUACUCCUUCCAAAAUCCAGAGUUCCCAUUUCCACACUAACCCCACCAAUUUUCUAGAUUCCGCAAAAUGAGCGACGCCUUGUCCGCCGCUGAUGACUCGAAACACAUCGAGGAACUCUACAAGUACGUCGAGCGUCUCAACGAGGCCACCGACAAAUCACAGAAUUUGAAGGACUAUCAAGGGAUUAUCGACAUGGCCAAGUCGAGCAUCAAGGCCAAGCAAUUGGCCGCUCAGUUCAUCCCCAGGUUCUUCAAGUUCUUCCCUUCUCUCUCCGGCUCCGCCAUCGACACUCAUCUCGAUUUGAUCGAAGCAGAAGAGCUCGGGGUUCGGGUGCAAGCAAUUAGGGGGCUUCCCCUUUUCUGCAAGGAUACACCAGAACAUAUCGCAAAGAUAGUAGACAUUCUUGGGCAACUCCUUGUAUCUGAGGAAUUUGUGGAGCGUGAUGCCGUGCAUAAAGCCCUAAUGUCACUGUUGACGCAAGAUGUGAAAGCUUCUUUGACGGGCUUAUUUAAGCACAUUGGCUGUGUUGAUGAACCAAGUUCAGACGAAACUAUUCGUGAGAAAGUUCUGAGCUUUAUAAGAGAUAAGGUUUUUCCUAUUAAAGCUGAACUCUUGAAGCCUCAGGAUGAAAUGGAAAGGCAUAUAACUGAUUUGAUAAAAAAGAGUUUAGAAGAUGUAACUGGAGCAGAAUUCAGAAUGUUUAUGGACUUCUUAAAGAGUUUGAGUAUUUUUGGAGAAAAAGCUCCCCCAGAACGCAUGAAAGAACUUAUUGGAAUCAUUGAAGGACAAGCUGAUUUAGAUGCACAGUUCAAUGUUGCAGAUGCCGACCAUAUUGACAGGUUAAUAUCAUGUGUGUACAUGGCUCUUCCAUUUGUUGUGAGGGGUGCUUCAAGCAGCAAGUUCCUCAACUACUUGAACAAACACAUCAUACCUGUAUUUGAUAAGCUUCCUGAGGAGCGAAAGCUAGAUUUGCUUAAAGCACUUGCGGAAAUUUCUCCUUACACAACUCCGCAGGAUUCACGCCAGAUUCUUCCCAAUGUUGUUCAGCUAUUAAAGAAGUACAUGCCACGGAAGAAGACUGGAGAAGAGAUGAACUUUACUUAUGUUGAGUGCUUGUUGUACACAUUUCACCAUCUAGCUCACAAGGUUCCUAAUGCAACAAACAGUUUGUGUGGUUAUAAGAUAGUGACUGGCCAACCAUCGGAUAGGCUUGGGGAGGACUUUUCAGAGUUGAAUAAGGACUUUACUGAAAGGUUAAGUAAUGUUGAGGAGUUAACUAGGGCUACCAUGAAGAAAUUAACUCAGGGAAUGGCUGAGCACAACAAAGCUAUGGCGGCUGCCAAAUCUGAUGAAGCAAAGGACAGCAUUAAAACUCAAAAGCAGAAUACUACGACAGGGUUGCGGACCUGCAAUAACAUUUUGGCAAUGACAAAGCCGUUACAUUCCAAAACACCUUCAUUUAUUGGGGAUAAAAGUAUCAACCUAUCUUGGAAAGAAGCAACAAAACCUUCUGUUCCUGCUACGACAACUGCAACCGGAGGGAAACGACCUAUUACUGCUGCUAAUGGAUCUGGCAAUGCGGCAUCUAAAAAGGGCCGUGGAGCUGGUGGUUUGCCAAACCAGCUGGUUAAUAGAGCGUUGGAAGGUUUGUCUCAUGGUGGGAGAAGUGGGACUAGGGGCAGAGGCAGGGGUUGGGGUGGGCGUGGAAGAGGAAGAGGCUUCCGGUAGCCUAGGUGUGUGCCGACAGAGUAAGAAGACAUUCAGCAUUCAAAAAGUCAAUAUGUACCAGAAGUAAUACCACUAGAAGCCUCUGAUGUAUUGAAGUUCUCUCUGUUGGAGCUAGUUUUGAUUUAUAGAGGAAGCUGAUGAGUUUCUAGAUUCAUUUGUGGGCUAACACUAGAAAUCAUAUUCCUCUGAAGCAUGUCCGGUAAAUUUAGUGCUUUGAGUUCUUAAUUAUUCCAAAUUUCGCUGAUCUAAGCAGCAGUCGGGAUUUAGGAAUCUUUGCAUGCCUGUUACUGUGUAUGCACGUGUGUGUAUUUUAACGACAAUGAACUUGCAUUCAGAGGAAUGAUUUAAUAAUUCUGACAAUUUGUAGAAUAUAAUUUAUGUUUGGUUGUAGGAGAACUUGAGAUGGUAUUGUUCUGAUAA